AUGUCGAACAAAAUUCCGUCUCUCCUAGAGCAGCAUCUAGGACUGCCCGAAGAGGCAUCUUUGACCAUCCUAACAAAUACCCUUGGCGCAUCAUCAAAUUGGCUUGUUCUACGAUUCCUCUAUUCAAUAUUACAGUCUGGGCGAGGAGCAGAUGCCGGGGUGAGUGAGAAAGAGGCGAGUCCUGGAGUUGUUUUCCUCAGCUUCAUGAGAGAUUUGGCAUUUUGGAGAGAGGGAGCAAGUAGAUUGGGCUUGGACUUGGACAGCUUAAGCAGAGCCGGCAAAUUCAGCUUUGUGGACGGUCUGACAGGAUUGCUCUCUGGGGGCCAGGGCUCAGAGUCUACUGCUGACAGAGGAAGAGUGCUCAAGAGCGGAAAACUGGAUGACAUGAGGAGAGGCAUCGAGGCGGCAAUCACGGAUGUGAGAUCAGGCCCAAAAGUCCUGAUUGUUGACCAACUGGACGAGCUGUUGGCGAUAUUUGGGGAGGAAGAUGUGACCGGGCUGGCUUUAGAGGGAAUGCUAUUGUCUUUGAGAGAGCGUGUUCACGCAACAGUCCUUACCUUCUCCGUAGAUGACCCUCUUCUACGCAGCCAGGGAACAUCGCUGGAGCGUUCGCAUGCGGCACUGGUGCUCGCUCAAGCACAUGCCGCAGAUGUGAUUCUCAGCCUUAGGAUGCUGGACACAGGCGUAGCCAAGGAUGUGAGCGGUGUGGUAAGAGUCACAGAGCGCGAUAGAGCAGAGGCGAGUGCCGAAUAUCUAUACCACGUUGGGGCAGAUGGAAAUGCCAAGGUUUUUGAGAGGGGUACUUGA